AAGCAAAGCAAAGCAGGAGCACAACCACCAAAUCCCCAGGAGUCUGCGUCCUUCAGGUCCUUGGUGGUCCAGAACACGAUGGCAAGCGCAAAUUCUUUCGCGGACGAUGGUCUGGUGGAUCCGCAGGGUCAAGAAAAAACAACAGAGGAGUCGGCUGGAAACGCUACACAGACGACGGCCAAGACAAAGAAAAAGAAGAUCUUGGUUCAGGAGUCAGCGUGGUAUGUGAAACACGUCUUAUCCUUCAAGCCAGAAGAACUUAAGGAACCGGAGGAGGUGCCCGAGGCCAUCGUCAAGCACGACCCAGUGCUGGCGGCAAACCUCUACGUCAUGAUGGCCAACUCGGCCCUGUAUAGAGAGCACAUCAAAGAGAAGAUGCUGGAGGAGCAGAGCAACUUUAGGCAUCAGUUGAAAACCAAGGGCAGAGUCACGCAUGAGAUCGAGGUGGAUGAAGACGACGACAGGUUUGUAAAUGCCGCUGCCUCUAACACUGGAACAGGACGCAGGAGACACCGCCCUGGAAUCAUGAAAAAGGAAGAUGGGCAGACCAGGAAGCUGAAUUGAGUUCUAGUUCUUAAGUUUUCUGCUACCCACCCUGUUUCUGAAUUUACGUUGUAUUUUGAUUUUGUAAGACAAUACCUUGAAUAACAAUUGCUUUAUGUA